CUAUAUAUAAAUACAAAGUCUUUAAAGCAAAGCCCUAGUUGCGAGUUGCAGGUGAAGAAGAAAAUGGCGACAGUACCUGGGCAACUCGUGUGGGAGAUCGUGAAGGAAAACAACUCUUUUUUGGUCAAACAAUUUGGAAGGGGCACUCAGAGCGUCCAAUUCAGCAGAGAAAGCAACAAUCUCUACAAUCUCAACUCUUUCAAGUACUCUGGUUUGGCAAACAAGAAAACUGUUACUGUUCAGCCUGUGGGUAAGGAUCUGUCUGUGUUGUUGGCUACAACCAAGACAAAGAAGCAGAACAAGCCUGCUGCUUUGCUUCACAAAUCUGUGAUGAAGAAAGAGUUCAGGAGGAUGGCAAAGGCUGUUGAAAACCAGGUGGCAAAUAAUUACUACAGGCCUGAUCUCAAGAAGGCAGCUCUUGCAAGGUUGAGUGCUGUUCAUAGAAGCCUCAAAGUUGCCAAGUCUGGUGUCAAGAAGAGGAAUAGGCAGGCCGUGAAGGUCCAUGGUAGGAAGUGAAUUGAGAAAAGUUAGAUUGCAUUCAAAUGUCGUUUUGCUCCCUCUUUUUUUGUGUUUUUAGAACUUCAGUCUAGAUUUCCUGUCAUGUUUUAAAAUGAAAUUAUUUGUUUAGUAUUCAAUAUAAACUUAAACUAGCAUGUUAUAGAUUUCAACCUGGUUGAUUUUUGUCUUGGUAUAAUUGCCUUAUGGUUGUUGAUUUAAGUCAACUGACAAUGAGUAGCUGGCUGUUGGUAUCGAAAGAGGGAUGAUUCGUGCCUUAAUUUUGAAACAUUUGAUUG